CUUUCUGUCCCAGGCCGGUCCCAGCUCCGCAGGGGCGGUCUCGGGCUGAGGCAGCCGGGCGAGGCCUGGUCCCACGAGUGCACGGACGCUACUCGCAUUCUUCACGUGGCCCUUAGUUCCCGGACCUGUUGCAACCUGAGGCUUGAGUUUCCUCCUCUCCGGUGGAAACUGUCCCUGGUAGAGAGCGUCGUGGGACCGGUAGUGCUUAGUGCUCGACUAAACUCACUGCGCGCCCUCCGCUUGUGUCGCGGUGCUUUCUGAAGUGCUAGGGUGGGUGAUGGCGUGAGUGGCAGGAACCUACGUCCGUCCGGCGAAGUUGGGGCGUUCUGGGCCGAUUCCUCUAAAGGAGCUUCGCAGCGGCUGGAACUGAUUUCAAGAUGUCUACAGGAAAUGCAAAAAUUGGGCAUCCUGCCCCCAACUUCAAAGCCACAGCUGUUAUGCCAGAUGGACAAUUCAAAGAUAUCAGCCUAAGUGAAUACAAAGGAAAAUAUGUCGUAUUCUUCUUUUAUCCUCUUGAUUUUACUUUUGUGUGCCCCACUGAGAUCAUUGCUUUCAGUGAUAGGGCAGAAGAAUUUAAGAAACUCAAUUGCCAAGUGAUUGGAGCUUCUGUGGAUUCUCACUUCUGUCAUCUGGCAUGGAUUAAUACACCCAAGAAACAAGGAGGAUUGGGACCCAUGAACAUUCCUUUGGUAUCAGAUCCCAGGCGUACCAUUGCUCAGGAUUAUGGAGUCUUAAAGGCUGAUGAAGGUAUCUCUUUCAGGGGCCUCUUUAUUAUUGAUGAUAAAGGUAUCCUUCGACAGAUCACUAUAAAUGAUCUUCCUGUUGGCCGCUCUGUGGAUGAGAUUCUGAGACUAGUGCAGGCCUUCCAGUACACUGACAAGCAUGGUGAAGUGUGCCCUGCCGGCUGGAAACCUGGCAGUGAUACCAUCAAGCCUGAUGUCCAAAAGAGCAGAGAAUAUUUCUCUAAGCAGAAGUGAGCAGUGGGCCAUUUUUCUGCCAGGCUGCAUUGGUCAGCCAGAAGAAAAUUUCUUGUACUCUAUUCGUGCUUAAACAAAAUGUGGUGUGAUUCAAGACAUCCCUUUCCUACAGUACUGGGGGCGGUUAGCCUUUCUUCCACUAUUGGGAAUAGCCUGAGGUUUGUUGUGAGUUGCAGAAAUCAACCUGUUGUUCUUUUUUUUUAGUAUCUAUUAAACUUGAUCUCUGAGAA